AUGUGUGAAAAUACCUCCCAGAGUGAUACCAUUAUUCAUAUACAUUUAACUCGUUUAGGACUUGCUUUUGAGUAUAACAGUCGAACUACAAAUAUCACAUCUCGGAAAUAUUCAGAUAUGUGUAUUGAUGAAGAUCAAUGGUUGGAAACAUUAACAGGUUUAACAUUUGGUCUUCUUUUAUCAUCAUUGUCUGUGAAUAAUCACGAAAUGAGACAUUAUCCAUAUCGAAAAUUGAUCGUACCUUUUGGUACAAUGCAAGGUAAAAGAAAUAAAGAUACUAAUCAUCAAACUGUUACCAUAGAUCGAUUAUUUGUAAAAUCUUAA